GUUCUUAGCCCCGUCCUUCCGCAUUUGCUGCCUUGCCCACUCGAAAAGUGCCCAGCUAUGGGAAAGUUCGCGAUCGACAAGUCCUUGGAGGCUACCAUGCACCAGUACCAGAUCGUAGGAAGAGCAGCGCCAACACCAAAGAACCCAAAGCCCAAGAUCUACCGCAUGAGGAUCUUCGCCAGGAACGUCGUGCUGGCCAAGUCUCGCUUUUGGUAUUUCAUGAAGCGCUUGAACAAGGCAAAGAAGAGUGGUGGUGAGCUGCUGUCCGUGAACGAGCUGCACGAUACCUCACCAACCAAGGUGAAGAACUACGGCAUCUGGUUGCGCUACGACAGCCGCACCAACACGCACAACAUGUACAAGGAGUUCCGCAAUGUGAACAUCAAUGGAGCGGUGGGCCAGCUUUACCAGGAAAUGGCUGGACGCCACCGUGCGGAUCCCGGCUCCAUACAGAUCAUCCAUGCCACCUCCAUCCCCGAUGAGAAGUGCCGUCGUGAACAUGUGAUGGAGAUGCACGACAAGAAGCUCAAGUUCCCAGUGAUCAAGAAGGUCCCCCAUGCUGCCAAGAAAUUGCGCACGACCUUCAAGGCCAAGCGGCCCCAGACCUUUGUGAAGUAG